CCCCUUCCGGUGUCAAUUUAGUGGCGGGAAAAGCGGCCCCUCCUAGGGCAGAGUGUGCCAGUCCUAAGUGGUAGCUCUUCGCGCCGCGGAUGGAGACGCAGUCCGAGGAGCAAGCCGCUGCCGAGACCGCGGACUCCAGAGGGGAAGGCGAGCCUCCGCAGGUCGCCGGCGCCCAGGCGGCGCGUCCCGAGGACCGCAUGACCCUGCUGCUCAGGCUAAGAGCACAGACCAAACAACAACUCUUGGAAUAUAAAUCAAUGGUUGAUGCAAAUGAAGAAAAAACUCCAGAACAAAUCAUGCAGGAAAAGCAAAUUGAAGCUAAAAUUGAAGAACUGGAAAAGGAAAUUGAAGAGGCAAAAAUUGCUUUUGAAAUGAAAAAGCUUGCGUUAGACAGGAUGCAGCUUUCAAGUGCACUUAAAAAACACCUGGAGAAAAUUAACACCAAGACCAGUGUGCUCAUGGAUAACAUGAAACAAAUACUAAGUCUAAAUAAAUUAGUAAUGAAAUCACAGCAGGAAACUCGGGACGUGGAAGAAAAAUUGCUUGAUGUUAGAAAGAAGAGAUUACAGUUAAAACAAGCUUCAGAAAGGAAGCUUUUAGAAAUACAGUCUGAAAAGAACAAACAGAAAGAUGAUUUGGCUAGUAUGGAAAAUUCGGGCAAGAUAAAGACCAUACAACAAAACCUGGAGAUGGAGAUACAGAUUACUACAGUUAUUCAACAUGUGUUCCAGAACCUCAUUCUGGGGAGUAAAACCAACUGGGCAGAGGAUCCUGCCCUUAAGGAAACUGUUCUGCAGCUUGAGAAGAAUCUCACCACGAUUCAAUAAGAAUUCUAUUUUGACAUUUUUUUUGUUUCUGUCUUUAAUGUCAUUUAAAUUGCAAAUUUCAAGUGAAAUGCUUUUCAGUGUUUUUGGAACUGUUCUAAUACUGCAAUUUUUUUUUAGCUUAACAGUGUUACAUGGAAUUUACUGCUUUAAAGAUGAUAAAGUGACUGGCAUAAUCUAAAAGAAUCUGAAAAUCUUAGCCUUGGAAGGGUCCCAAAAGAUAACUAGUCCAGCUUUCCACUGAAUGUGGACUUUUUUUUUUUACAACAUUCCUGGAAGUCCCAACUCUCAUUUGGAAUACUUCUCUGUAUUUGUUUGUCAACCAAAAUAUUGGAAAGUUAGAAAAGCAUAUCCACAUCUUUAUUUUUUUCAACUGUCAAUUGUAUUUUAUUCAAAUAAAUCUCAUUUUAGUUCUAUCUCACUA